CUAAAACGCUCCAUCUUUUCUUUAUAUUCUGCUUACUCUACAAGCUUCGAAACUCGUCUUUUUUAAACGUUCACGCGCAACGAUUGUGUUUUCUUGUCUGAUAUAGAACCCUAGAGUUGCAGAAGAUCGAGAUCGAGAGAGAGAGAGAUCAGAGGGAAUGGGAAAGGAUAGGAAGAUUGGUGUGGCGAUGGACUUCUCGAAGAGCAGCAAGAACGCUUUGGAAUGGGCGAUUGCCAACUUGGCUGACAAGGGUGACACCCUUUAUAUCAUCCACAUCAACCCCAACUCCCUCGACGAGUCCCGCACCCAGCUCUGGGCCCAAUCCGGUUCUCCUCUGAUUCCAUUGACAGAGUUUAGGGAGCCUGAGAUUAUGACGAAGUACGGUGUCCAAACUGAUACAGAAGUUCUUGACACACUCGACACUGCUUCCAGGCAGAGAGAGGUGAAUGUUGUGACAAAAUUGUAUUGGGGAGAUGCAAGGGAGAAGCUGCUUCAAGCAGUUGAAGAUCUGAAACUGGACUCUUUGGUCAUGGGGAGCAGAGGCCUUGGCACCAUCAAAAGGAUCCUACUGGGGAGUGUGAGCAACUAUGUGCUCACGAAUGCUCCAAUCCCUGUGACCGUCGUCAAGGACCCAAGCAUGCAACACCAUUAAAAUUGUAUUAUCGAUAAUUAAUUACAAUCUUGGAUCUGGUUUUUAUAAUAAUCUGUCAUUAUGAGUUAUGUCUCAUCUAUCUGAGCUCUUGUCUCAGUUUUGUACCUGCUCCUCAACCAACUGCUGCUCACCACCAUCGCCCUCCUCCCUCCCCAUCACACCCUUUUCUCCUACCUCCCUCUUCCUGCCCUUCAUCUAUUCCAACUCUUAACCAGGAAUUAGAUCUCGGAGUGUUGGGUUCUAUCUUGACUCAAGGCCCAACCUUCAUAACUCACUGUCAAUCCGACUUACCGAAAAAAUUGGGUGAAGUGCGGAACGAUUCACGUCGGAACAAGGGUGUUUUACACACCCCCUUCGCCCUCCCCCUCCUCCUGUUACUUUUGGUGACUUUUCUUGCAGGUGUGGCUAUGGAGGCUUGGGCUCUUGGUGGAUUGACUGUGCUUAAUACUCUCAGAUCUAGUUUUUGGUUAGGGUGCAUUUUUCAGUUUGGUGUGAUGUCUUCCUUCGUGGAGGUAGCAGCGGUUGUGCCGGUGGUGGCUGGGUUUUGGCGAUUGGAGAUUAGGGUUCUACUGUUCACUGCUUCUUUUGUAGCAUACGGGCCUAAAUUUGUGUGGGUCUCCCUUUGUGGCUGAGGUUGUAGCUUUUUUAUUUGGGCUUGUUUUCUUGGGCUUGGUUUCUUUUUUAUGUUUGCUUUGUUAUGUAGGACUUUGUGUUUUGUUUAGGUUUAGGCCUUUCUUAACACAAAUUGUAUUUCUCUUUCAUUAAUAAAGCUUCAUUCUUGUCCAAAAAAA